AUGGAACCAGAACUGGCAGACCUAGUGUUAUCAAUGUGCGGAAUUGUUGCUCGUGAGUGUGCAAAACAAAUUAUUUCUAUUAACCAAAAAAAGAAAAGAAAAAUAUGGGUGCGAGAUUGGGUUGCCAGGCGAAAUAUUUUAGGCGGAUCAAAUACGUUGUUAACGGAGCUCCGAAUGGAACACCAAUCGGGUUUCAUGAACUUCAUGAGGAUGAGCGAUGGUCAUUUUGAUAUUUUAUUAAAAAAAUUGGAAAACCGUAUUCAAAAACAGAACACGUUUUUUAGAGAUGCGAUACCAGCUAAGACAAAGCUGGAAAUCACAUUAAGAUUUCUCGCUACUGGAGAUUCGUAUUCAUCACUACAGUACUUUUUUCGAGUGCCUAAAAGUACCAUAAGUUUGUUUGUACCUGAUGUUUGUAAAGAAAUCUAUAAUGUUUUGGAAGAUUUCAUAAAGGUAAUUUUAUUAAAUUUAUUUUAA